AAGGAGGGAAGAAGGAAGGAAAGAAAGAAAGAAAAUAUUUCUGGGCCUGUUUGUUGAAGGGAUCUCUUGCAGCCAGACCUUGGUGUAGGUGACCCUGGUUUGCCUUCUCCUCCACUCUCUGGCUGGGCCCUUCCACCACUUUUAAACCCAGGGUCCGAGCAUUUUUCAGCCCCUCCCCUUGCACCCAGCUGGGAAGGUCAGGGAUAGAAACAUAGCAGAAGCUGAAGGUUCCCACCAGAAAAAUUGACAUUGCUCCCCUUCCCUUCCUUUGUUUCCCCAAUUACUAACCAAACUAUUUUCUACAUUUCACGGAGAGCAACAGCUGCCCUCUUAAGUCCUUCCACUUCUUAUUAUUAUUAUUAUUAUUUUUAAAUUGCUCUGAUUACCAAGGUAGCUUAAUUUCAGCCGAGCAGUUUCAAAACAGGGCUAGAUGCCUAGCCAGUCACUUAAGGAAAUCGCGAUGGAUGCCCCCAAUUUUGAAGAACUGUUGGCCAGAGCAAAAGCUGGAGAACCGAAGUCGCAAACAGAGGUGGGGAAACACUACCUGAAGCUGGCCGAAGAGCGGGAUGAGGAGCUGAACAGCUGCAGCGCGGUGGAGUGGUUGAUCCCGGCGGCCAAACAGGGGCAGAAGGAAGCCCUCCAGAUCCUGCGAACCUGUUUGGCCGAAGGAAAAGGCAUCACUUCAGAAAAUGUGCAAGAGGUGAAGAGGUUAUUAUCCGAGACUAAUUUGGAAAGAGCGGUGAGAAAAGCGGCUUUGGUCAUCUACGGGAAAUUAAAUCCGAAGAAGAAAAAGGAACUGGCUGUUUCAGAACUAUUAGAAAAUGUUGGAGAAGUGGACAGUGAAGGCCAGGGAGACCAGCGCCCGGGACCUCUUCCAAAGCCCUUCCAGAAGCAAAGAAGGAUGCUGGAAAGAUUGGUCAGCAGCGAAGCUAAGAACUAUAUCGCCUUUGAUGACUUUGUUGAAAUAACCAAGAAGUACGCCAAGGGCAUCAUCCCAUCAAGUAUGAUCCAUCGCCAGGAUGACGACGACGAUGAUGAUGAUGAGCUCACAGGGAAGAGCCCCGAGGAGCUCCCCUUCCAACAAAAGAUCAUCAAGUAUCCCCUCCACGCCAUCAUGGAAAUCAAAGAGCACCUGAUCGAGGUGGCCUCCAAAGCUGGCAUGCACUGGUUGUCCACCAUCGUCCCAACCCACCAGAUCAACGCUCUGCUCUUCUUCUUCGUCCUCAGCAACCUGACCAUCGACUUCUUCGCCUUCUUCAUCCCCCUCGUGAUUUUCUAUCUCUCUUUCGUUUCCAUGGUGAUUUGCACCCUGAAGGUCUUCCAGGACAGCAAAGCGUGGGAGAACUUCCGCACCCUCACGGACCUCCUGCUUCGUUUCGAACCCGAUCUGGACGUCGACGAGGCGGAAGGGAAUUUUGGCUGGAAUCACCUGGAGCCCUAUUUCCACUUCCUCCUCUCGGUCCUCUUCGUCCUUUUCUCCUUCCCGAUAGCCAGCAAGGAAUGGAUGCCCUGCUCUGAGCUGGCCACCGUUUCCGUUUUCUUCAUGGUGACAAGUUACAUGAGCUUGUGCACCAGCGCGGAACCCUACACGCGAAGGGCUCUGCUGACUGAGGUAACUGCGGGGGCCCUCUGCCUGCUGCAAGGGGCCCCCGACCAGUGGGGUUACGUGAAGCUCCUAGGUAAAACAUUUUACACCCUUCCUCUCGGUAGCGUCCUGGUGCUGAAUCUCAGCCUCCCUUGUCUCUUGUUCCUGUACUUGUUUUACCUUUUCUUUCGCAUGGCACGACUGAAGAAAUUUAAGGGCAUCUAUUGCUACUUGGUUCCUUAUUUGGUCUGCUUCAUGUGGUGUGAACUCUCGGUCGUGAUUCUGCAGGAAUCAACCGCCCUUGGUCUCCUUCGGGCUUCUGUGGGCUACUUUUUAUUCCUGUUCGCCCUUCCAAUCUUAAUGCUGGGCGUUGCCCUGAUGUGCCUUUUCCACUUCCUAAGAUGGCUGGUAACGUUGGAGCUGACCAAGAUUGUCGUCACGGUCGUCCUCUGCGCGGUUCCUCUGCUCUUCCACUUGUGCACGCGGGCCAGACUCUCCGCAGUCGAAAUGGUGAAGUCCCUAACCAAGAGUUCGAUUGUGAAGCUUAUUCUGGUGUGGCUUUCUGCCAUUGUUCUGUUCUGCUGGUUUUACGUCUAUCGCUCGGAAGGGAUGAAGGUAUACAAUUCGACGUUGACGUGGAAUCAGUACGGGUUUCUCUGCGGGCCCCGGGCUUGGAAAGAAACCAACAUGGCGCGAACUCAGAUUUUAUGCAGUCAUCUGGAAGGCCAUCGGGUCACCUGGACGGGGCGAUUCAAGUACGUCAGAGUGACCAGCAUUGAGAACAGUGCCGAGUCCGCCAUAAAUCUGCUUCCCUUUUUCCUUGGGGACUGGCUGAGAUGUUUGUACGGAGAAAUGUAUCCCGUGUGCGACCCCAGAAACACCACCCUGGAAGAGGAGGAACUCUGUCGCUUGAAGUUCUUGACCAAGCAUGAGUGUCACAUCAAGAGGUUCGACCGGUAUAAAUUCGAAAUAACAGUGGGCAUGCCCCUCAGUGGCGGGAAUGGCAGCCGGGGCCACGAGGAAGACGAUGUCACCAAGGACAUUGUGCUGAAGGCCAGCAAUGAGUUCAAGCAGGUGCUUCUGAACCUGAGGCAGGGCAGCGUGGUCGAGUUCAGCACCAUCCUGGAAGGCCGCCUGGGGAGCAAGUGGCCGGUCUUUGAGCUGAAGGCCCUUUCCUGCUUGAACUGCCUGUCGAAGCUCUCCCCGGCAGGCCGGCACGUGAAAGUAGAACACGACUGGCGGAACACCGUUCAGAAAGCAUUCAGAUUCGCCUUCAAUUUCUUGUUCUCCCCUUUCCUGUCCGUUGCCUAUUGAGCUCCGGUUGCUAACACCUGCUCUUGGUUGUCGCAGUCAGAUUUUAAUGGCAUUUAGCGUGGUACGUCAUGCAAUCCUAAUAAUUUUUGUGCCUUGCACGAUGAUCUCUACAUCUAGAACAGUGUUAGCGAAUCUUUUGUGUUCUCGCAUGCCGGCCCAUGUGCCAAAAGUGGCACACGAAACCAUCCCGUGCUGAAUGCGCGGCCUCGCCGGCUCCUGUGGCGUUUGUGCACUCAAACACGCACCGGCCAGCUGGCCAUUGCACGCAUGGUGCCGGCGACCCUGGAAGUGCGGCGAUCCAUUGCGCAUGCACGCGACGCCAACCCGAAAGGCCAGGUACCAGCUCGUGCGUACACAAUGGAUCGCGGCACUUCCGGGGUCCGCCGGCACUGCGCAUACAACAGCCAGCUGGCCGGCGCACAUUUGAGCACAGGAACGCGACGAGGAGCCGGCUAGCCCGCGCAUUCGGCACGGGAUGGUUUCGCGUGCCACUUCCAGCACGCAUGCCAUAGGUUCGCCAACACUGAUCUAGAAGGACGCCGAGCUGCGUAUUGAUCGAAAGCAUAAUAAGCAGGGUUUUCUAAAGGACUAACUCCGUGACGGCGAACCUAUGGCAUGUGUGCCAGAGGUGGCACGCAGAGCCCACUCUGUGGGUGUGCGUGCUGUCGCCAGCUGCUCUUCGGCCAGCUGGUCUUUGUGCACGCCAGAGCGCCAUAAACCAAAGACCAGCUGGCAGCUAAUUGGUUUUCAGAUUUCUGGCGCAUGCACACAUGUUCCAGUUUCGGUACCGAAAAGGUUCGCCAUCACUAGACUAACCUAUCUAACCAAAGAUGCUAAAAACACAACUUUUGCCUUCUAUUUAUUCUCAAUAAUCGACUGUAUUCCCACAGGUGAGGGACUCAGCUGUAACAUUCACAAAAAUGUCAAAAUGCGUGAUGAAGCCCGGGCACAAAUGCUCCAAUUUACGACUUGUGCCAGGCGCCACGAGAACAGCACUUUGGUGUGGACGUGACCUUCCGUUCUCCCUUUGCUCCUAAGCCCACGGACUGCAGAGGAACCGUCCUCCAGAGCAGGGGUCUCCAACCUUGGUCCCUUGUAAGACUUGUGGACUUCAACACCCAGAGUUCCUCAGCCAGCUUUGCUUUGCUGGCUGAGGGACUCUGGGAGUUGAAGUCCACAAGUCUUAAAGGGACCAAGGUUGGAGACCCCUGCUCCAAAGGAAAUAAAUUCUCUGCCAAUAAUUAAAUCCUGCAAACAGAAAUGAACUAGUUCAGCGAUACAAUUGGGUGAUUGUUUUUUUUGUCCUGAGGAAGGGCCCUUCGUUCAGUCCCCGUUGUUUUUUUCCCUCCAGAAAGAAGGCGGAGAGGAAAUGGUUUAAGCGAUAAGCAUGAUUGCUUAACUCUGGAAAUGGUAAAUGAAUCAUCCGGAGAGGAAUCUGUCCUUCUCAUCAUAAGCAUAAAAUAAUGAUUUAAAAAUACGAUAAA